UUUUUUUUUUUAUACAUUAGUCCCGGACGUGAAUUUGUAUUCGGUCUUGAAUACAUCUGCAUAUUGCCAGUUGGAAUUACUAUCGUCCAAUAUUAUUUUACCACCAUUCACCCAUCCCUGUUCCCUGUUGUACCACAAAUGAGGACCGUUCAUUGGAAUCACUAUGGCGGAUGUCUCAAACGGUGGCAGAAUCGUGCCCAUAGUCACCCCUACGCCUACCCCGACUGUGGAGGUGCAGAGCAGGAAAAACCAGGAAAACGACAGCAGCCUAAGAGGAAGACGCGCAAAAAUAGUAUAUUCGAGGAUGCGGAGGUUCUCGAAAUUCCGUGUCUGAAUGACUUAGGGCUCUAUGCCUUACCUACCGAGGGUGAUGGCAAUUGCCUCUACUACGCCCUCUCCGACCAAUUAUACGGCGACUUCACCCACGGCGAAGAAAUCCGCCUCCGUCUCGCAGACCACAUCUCCAACAAUCCCGAAUACUUUAUGAACUUCAACGCUGCCAUUGGUGAAGUGCGUCGAGCCCCAAGACGAGCUGCCACGAUGAGCAAAUAUUCAUCCCAACCCCGUUCCAGCCCUCCAGGCGCGCCAACUCCGUCCGAACAAGACAAGGAAAGAAGCUUCAAUGACAAGGUGACUGAAAGUCGCAAGAAUGGUGUUUGGGGUGGUGCGGAGGAGAUCCAAGCGUGUUGCCAGUCUUUCAAGAAGGAUGUACAGGUGUAUACGAUGUAUGGGGCUCAGACGUUCAGGGAUGUGCAUGCUCCUGAGUGGGAGGAGAGGGAGGCUUUGCAUGUUGCUUUUCACGACUUCCACCACUAUUCGUCUGUUCGACAUACCGAAGGCCCUCACACCGGAAUGCCCAGUAUCACGAAAGAAAGACUCCAACCGAGAGACCCCAAUACAUCAUCUGCUGGUACAUUUGUGGAAAUGGCCACUCCAUGGAAGAUCUCCGCAAUUCAAGAAGGCCUCGGGGGUAAAUAUGACCGAGACACAAUUAUCGAAAUGCUCCAACAAUGCCGCGGCAAUAUCGACCGGGCUUUCUGCAACCUCCUCGAAGAUGACUCUGGUACCAGCACACCAUCCACAAAUGAAACCAACGCCAUAACUAGUGCACCCAACAAAGCAAUCCUAAAAACACGUCUGCAACCCUCGUCACGAUCCUCGUCACCCUUCAGUAGCGGCAGCAAACGCUCCGCCGACGACGGCGACGAGAGCGAUCCCGAUUCUGAAGAACCCCGUCCUGCACAGCGUCGUCGACGACCACUCCAAGGACGAGAACACAAGAGACGGAUUCUGCCAGAUGUCACGGUUGGGAUUGCCUUUCGAGAUGAUCAGAAUGAUUUGGUUUCCUUGCGGCUGCGAGUCAGCCCUGAAGCGGUGGCUAAAGAAGCACCGACAAGUCAGACUCCUGAGACAGACGGGAGUACCAGCUCGACCUCGAGCUUUAACGAAAACAUUCCAAAGGCUCAAGGCGGGGGGUCAGUUGGUGAGACGAGUCAGUCACCGUCAGUUGAAGCAAACGGCGAACGAAAACCCCGUCGAAGUCUUCGCCUUACCGCUCGGAGCUCAUCUGACAGUGCCAGUCCCGCUUGAGCCGUUUUAAACUUCCUUUCUGCCUUUCCCCCGUUCAUGAUCUCUUAUUUCUCGACUAUCUAUUGCUAUCAUUCCGAUGAUUGCAUAG